AUGGAAAGACAUUUCUAUGAAGCGAUUGAAAAUGAAACUGUGACGAGUGAGGCCAAGAUGAAAGCUCAACUCGAAUUUAAACCCAAAUUUAUCAACACUUAUCUUUCCAUUCCAUCCUCGGUGAGUUUUGUGGGUAGAGCACUAGUGACUACACCAUUUGCUACCAAGGACUCUGCCCUUCUUCGAGUGGUCUCUUCCAUUCUACACUCCAAUUAUUUGCAUCAGGAAGUGAGAGAACGCGGAGGCGCCUACGGCUCCAAUGCCUCUCAAAGUAUGAAUGGCGUUUUCAUGAAAGACUCUGUCACUCCAAAAACAAUUCAAGAAGCCAAGUUGCAAGUGUUCCAACAUUUGGACUCACCUGUGACACCUCAUGCUCACGCCCAGAGUAAAGUUGUAUUUGGAAUUGAUGACGAGUUGAGACAAUUCAGAAGAAAUGUUAUUUUAGAUGCAACACGCAAUGAAAUUAUUGACACGUGUGUGAAAUAUUUGAGUAAUUCAAAUGUUGCGACUACCAUCAUUGGUAAUUUUGAAAAGGAUAUUUCAAACGAGACUCAAAGAAAAUGGGUAGUUGUGAGGGAGGAAAUGGAUAAUUCAUUCAACGACAUGCAAAGUAAUAAUACCAUGACUCAGUAG